UGACCAUAAAGUGCUCCUCCACAUAUUGGCCAUCUAAGGCUCAACAUGGUCAAGAAAGAGGAGAGAUUUAUGGGAAUUAGAUCUUAACAGUUUUGGAAAUAGUCUACCAAUAAUUUAGAUUUAUUUUUAGAUCUUAACUAAUAUCCCAAUAAAUCAGUUCACAACCAAUUAAUAAACAUAAGUAAGAAAAACCAUUUCAUCAUACUAGGCUUUCAGCUUGUCUAAAGAAUGAAUCCCUUAGAUUCUAUUGUUGUGAAACGUAUUGAAGAAAAAGAGAAGGUGAAAAAGAAGAAUAUAAUUAGACAAAAAACAGUAUCAAUAUGCUGUAAAGGAAAGGGGCAAUUUGUGCCAAUGAAAGUGGAAAUUCAAGAAACUUCAUCCAAAAAUUCACUCUUGGAUCGUCUAACUUCUCUCGAGACUCGGCUAUUUCAGCUAUGCCUGGAAAUUGAAGCUGCAAAAACAUCAUGCUCUUCCAAUAUACAGACUCCAUUUACAGAAAGCUCCAGAAAUGAUACCAAGAAACAAACAGAUUGGAAUUCUUAUCCAACUUUUGAUUAUCCAAAACCUCCCUGCAAAUCACAAUCUCAACUCUCCCUCAACGAGUGUGAAUCCUCACAGAACAAAUCUCAUAAGGUGGCACAAGAUUUGGAGCAAUCAUCUAACAUGAAGAAGGAGUUGCAUUUUGAGAGAAGCAAAAGUACUAAGGAUGGAAAAACAAGUAAAAAUGGGAAGAAAAACUUAAAAGCAAGUUGGCCACAUUUGAGGAUCUUAGGUUGCUAAUACUUAUAUAUUGCUAGCUGCUCUUUGUUUUUUUUUCUUUAAAACGGUGUUGUUUGGAUUAGUUUGUGCGUACCUUAAAUUCCAUCAGAUACUUACUAUGUUCCACUAGCAUAAAUAUUAGGUAUUUCUACUCGUUAAGAUUUGGACAGAUGAA